AUGUCCGAGCCAACUGUUAUGGAGCGAGUACUUUCCAUGUACGCUGCGCUUCCCCCACAAUUUAGAGAAACACCGCCGACCACCGGCGAUGUCGGGAAAGAUCUCUUUGGGUUUCAGUCCGCCAAUAUCCAGGCAACGCUACAGCUUCUCCGGAUGGUCUUGCUGUCCGCGGAGGAAAUUGGCGUGGACCGGAAAUGUGACGUGGCGGGUGAACUACUCAGCGUAUUUUCCAAGGUUCCCGUGGAGUAUCUCAAAGCCAUCAGCUCCCCUCUGGUAAGUCCUUCAUACCAUGACAUAUUUCUCAGUAUGCUGACAUACCAAAAGCUUCAUCAUCUUGGUGGCAUCGGCUACAUUUUAGGCUCAGUCAUGGAAGGCAGUCUAUCCGACGCAUCUUACCAACGAGUUCGCACAUUACUGUAUGGAUAUCAUUUCUGA